AUGAAACCAACAAGUCCUCCAAACUGCAGAAUAAUGAAAUCAUGCAUCUCCGGAUUCAAUAAAGACAGAAAGAAACCACCUCAUCUGUAGCUUUGGACAUCCAACACUCAGAAUAGAGUUUACAGUUCGGUCAACCCACUCGCUGGGCUCACUUGUUUUAUUCCAGAGAUGAGAGACUCAGCCUCCCUGCAGAGCUUUCUAACAAGUCAGCAUCUCAACUCACAAUGUUUGAUGUGUUCAACACGAUGGAGGCUGCAGGAGUUCAGGAGAGAAACCAGGCGACAAGUCUGAACUGACGAGGACUCACUCACUUUUUCAAGUACUGAUACCACAGUGUAGAAAUACCCUGGUCGAGUAAAAGUCCUGCUUCAAAAUGUAGUAAAAGUACAAAAGUAUCAGCAUCAAAAUAUGCUUAAAGCUACUACGAGGAAUUUUCAUUAUGUGUUGAUUCUGGUGCCCCCUGUGGACUAAAGUGGUAAUGUUUCAGAGCAGCAGACUCCCUUUAGAAAACCUCUCAUUUUACUGAAAAAUUUACUGCUAAUACUUUCAGUACAUUUUGUUGGUAAUAUUUAUUUUCACUUCAGUGUGACUUUAGAUGCAGAAUGUUAGAUGUUCUCUAGUAAAGGAUUCAUUCAGUGGAGAUGUGACUGAAUAAAAGAUCGUGAAAUACUUCGUUAGGUUUAAGAAAGGAUUGUGAAAUAUCAUUGUUUGGGUUAAAAUAACUACAGAAGUGUCGUGACUGAAGAACGCAAAUUACGAGAUGAAUAAAUGAACGCUGACUUCUUGUUUCACACGGGGAACGAACAUCGGUCUCCUGGAGGAAACGUCUGGGUUCUUGUGGCCUGUUGAUUAUUACAUGGAUCACACACAUCAUCACACAUUAUCUACAAAUUAAAGCACCAAUAUUUAAUAUUUGAAUGAAAUUUAACGCAUCACUGACCUUCAAAUGAAUGAGACAAACUACAGCAAAAUAAAGUUGGACACACAAUGUCUUCCAGAGACCUGGUGGCUGAGAUAUGGACACCUUGUUGGGUGAUUCUGGUCCUGUUUAUGACUCCUGUAUCUUUUCUGUUCUAUCCACAUUCUGGAUCUUUUUACAGCUGCGGUCAUGAAACUGCCUGGUGGGUUUAUUUUACUUCCCUCAGUAUUUUCUCUCUGCUUUUUCAAAGUCAUCCCUAACAUGUUCAGCCUUUAUUUCCUCCUCUCAUGCUCCUCGUUAAACACCUGCUGUCUGUUACCUGCAGCUAGAGGAUGAAUCGUGUCAGUGAGGAAGACAUGAAAAUAACCGUCGGUGUGUUUCCUUUAACCUCGGGCAUCGAGCGGCCGAGUCGGUCCAUACUAAUGACUCCCAGCUGAGACAGAGAGGAGAUGUUAAAGUGUCGUAGUGAUGGUUUAUCUUUCUCUUCUUCUUGUCAACACUUUCAGACUCUAUGACGGUGCGGAGAGGAAAGAAGCUCAGCAUCUCCAUCCAGGAACACAUGGCCAUUGACGUUUGCCCCGGCCCCAUCAGACCCAUCCGACAGAUCUCCGCCUACUUCCCCCGCCGGUCCCCCACCUCCCCCGGCCCCGUGUCCCCGAACCCGGCCUCCUCCCCACUGGCCCUCAGCCCCGGCUUCGUGGCUCCCGGGAUGGGCGGGGCUCACCUCUUGUCUCCUCUGCUGGCUCACGGCCGGCACGGCGGUGGCGGCGGGUCUUUGUCUCUGACCAGCAGCGUGGAGACGUCGGUGGAGAUCAACAGCUCCGACAGCGACGACUGCACUGCUCUGGGAACGCUGGAGUUUGAGCUGAGAUACGAGCGCAGCUCCAGUGAGCUGCACUGCACUGUGCUCCGGGCGAAGGGUCUGAAGUCGAUGGACUUCAACGGUUUGUCCGACCCGUACGUCAAACUCCACCUGCUGCCCGGAGCCUGUAAGGUGAGACACGACCUCGUCAGACUGACCCUGAAGAAGUCUUCAUAAAUACUGCCCUCACAAUACUAAAUAUUCAAAUUAUCUUUUUACUUUCACUCAUUUGACCAACUUCACUACCACAGAAUAUUUAUUCACUUUUAGAAUUCUAACCCUUUAAAUCAAAAGUGUUAUUCUCUGUAA